AUGAGGGACUCGAAGUUUCAGAUUGCACUUAGAAGAUGGCUAGAUGUUCUUUUGCAGCUUCCUCCAGAGUGCGGCAUUGUCAUUCAGUUGAAACAGGUUGGUGACAUUUCACAUCAAUUGAGGAUGUUGCGUGAUAUUUUUGCAAAGAAGGCACCACAGACCUUGCUCAAACGUUGCCAUUCCUUUUUGCGAUUCAUUCACCACUUGAAGGACGUUGGAGAAACCUUCCCAGGAACUGAGCAUGGGCUCUACGGUUUUCUCUGUGGCCUUCGUGAUGCAGGUGCGACCACGUCCAAUUUGCAGAGUGUUGUGCAGGCUUUGAAUUUUGCUCAACAUGUAGUGGGGCUGCCUGAACUUGCAGUUGUCACGACGUCCAGACGGUGCAUAGGAGCCGUAGGCAUGAGGAAUGUUGGACCAAAGAGGCAAGCACAUCCUUUUACUGUCAGUGAGCUGCUCGUGCUCCACUCAGUUUUGCUGGACCAGUGUGAAGAUUCAUGGAACCGGGUUUUCGCUGGUACAGUGCUUUUUGCAGUUUACAGCAGAAGCCGAUGGAUGGAUAUGCAACAUGCAGAAUCCAUGGAAGUGGACACAGAUUUCACUGGAUUUGCAGUCUAUGUGGAGUUGCACAUUUCAGUUCACAAAUGUCAGGAGUCCACAGCGUUUCGCAAUACUUUUUUGACAGCUGUUGCACCGAACUUGGGAAUCACUGCAGAGCCUUGGGUUCAGGCAUGGCUGGACGUCAGGCUCGAGCUUGGGAUCGACUUCAAGUUGGGCCUGCCGACCUUGCCAGCUCCCAACUCAGAUGGGCUACCGACAAAAAGGCCCUUGAGCACAGAUGAGAUGAAACAGUGGUUGCGACUGGUUCUCACGUCCAAAGGGAUGAAUCUUGAUGGAAGACGGUUGACAUCACACAGCUGCAAGUGCACGUUGUUGAGCUGGUUGGCAAAGCAUGGUGAUGACUGGGCAGACCGUAUGGCCUUAGGUGGGCAUGUCUCCUUCAUGAAGUCAGCGAUUGUUUACAGUCGAGAUGCAAUGGCAAGACCCAUCAGGGUGCUAGAAAAGCUGCUUCUAGAUGUCAGGUUGGGCAGGUUUUGUCCUGACGAAUCCAGGAGUGGCCGCUUCAAGGACGUGUCAACUGGAGACGCUGCUACUGGCAGUGACUUUGCAGAUUUGGGUUUUGGUGACAACAGUUUGGAUUUGUUUGGCUUGCCACAGCCGACAAAGUUUGACGAUGACGUCAUAGUCAUUGACAAUGAGGAAAUCGAGACAAACGAUGUCAAACAUGAGACCCCUGGUGACAGCAGUUCAGAUUCAGAUGUUCUCACAACAUCGUCCAGUGAAGACGAAGCAGGGGCCCGUUGCUCUGGUGCCUCACGGGUGAUGCGUCCGCCCACUGUACCAGACUCCUUGAAACUCACUCAGCACACCAAGUACAAAACAUUGCAUUUGAUGGAGAAACAAGAUCAAAAGAUCAUGCUUUGUGGUCGUGCAAUUGUGCAGGGACGAUAUGAUGCUGCAAGUGAGGCUAUUCAGCCUCGGGCUUCAGUGUCCCGACACCUCCUUUACAGCCUUUUUUACCUGUGCCAGUUUUGCCAGUGGCGCUCGGACAAGGACGAUGACAAUUUUGAUUCGUUUGGUGCUUUACCUGAAUCAGAUGAUGUUGUUGCAACUGGCAUUUCAUCUUCAUCUGAAAUUUUGCAGGGUGCAGUCAUUGCCAUGGCCGAUUCAGCUAGGGUCAGAUCGAAGAGACGGAUGGAUGCCCACAGCUUGGGGGCUGCCCAAAUCCCCAGAGGUCCGGUUUUGGACAAUGAAAAUUUUUCUCAAAUGUUGCAAGAUGCUUUCAUUAGAAAUGCAGAACCUAUGUCAGUGGUCAUGCCUUGGGAGAAAGGAGUUGCAAAGACAAUCUUUUCAAAGGGGCCCAACGUCCUGAAGGUUCAGAAGCAGCAGUUGAGAAGUUGGGUUCAAGCCACUGACAACCUGUCGGAGGACGCAAUUGCAGCAGGACCGACAAUGGUUGGAGCCCCAAGUGCGACUUUGUCUGGAGCUCUGUUUGAGAAAGCCUUAUCGGUUGUAACUGACCAGAAUUUCUUGGAGAAACGACAGGAAGAUCUGGAUUUGGCAGUGGACAAAUGGUUCAGCAUCAUCAGGAUCAACCUUUUGGGGUCGGAGGUAGGCCAAACCAUCAUUGGACAUGGAGGCAACAUUCAAGAGCAAAAAUUGGGUGCCUAUGAAACGAUCGAAGCAAUCAUCGGUGUCAGAUCCAGGACAACAGCCAUAUCAAGGGCAAAUGCAUUGCUGAAAUUUUUCAGGUGGAGAGCAGACUUCACUGAGGAUGACGGCAAGCCGGUGACCGAGCAAGCCGCAUGGAGCUAUGUGGCAAAGCUCAGAGCAGAUGGGGCUGCACCCACAAGGGCUUCAAGUUUUUUGGCUGCUUGCGGAUAUGCGUUGCAUGUUUUUGGAUUCAAAGAUUUUGACUGCGUGUACAACAGCAGGAGAGUGAGAGGGAUUGCAGAGAUCAUGCACUCUGGAAAAAACCCACUCAAACAGGCCAAGGUUCUUUCAGUUGCACAGGUUGUUGCAUUGCACAGUUUAAUGGAGGACAAGGCGGCAAAUUUCAUUGACAGGGCGCUUGCAGCCUAUGCUCUCUUGGCCCUAUACGGCAGAUGUCGACACAGUGACCUGGCGUUUGUAGAUUGUGUGAUGCACGAUUUUGACUGGAAAGGUGGCUUCGUGGAAGUGUCGACAAGGUUGCACAAAACAGCCAAGAGCGCAACCCAGAAAUCCCAAUUACUUCCAAUAGUCAUCCCGGCAAUUGGAGUGACCGGUCAGGUUUGGGUGCAGGAGGCCAGUGAAGCUUUUUCAGCUUGUGGUUUGAACCUGGACGGCUCUAUCCAGGGACCGCUCUUUAGGCCCCCCAUGGCGGCCGGUGGAGGGCUGUGCAAACGGGGCUUGACUUCGUCAGAGGUUACCAAGUUUUUGAGACUCCUUUUUGAGUGCAAUGACAACAAUGUUGAUGGGCCCCGGGUGUCGUCGCAUAGCCUCAAAGCUACUGCACUGUCAUGGGCCUCAAAAUUUGGAUUGCCCAUUCCCGACAAAGCAAUCUUGGGAAGACAUGCCAGCGCGACCACAGAAGCCCAUGCGAUCUAUUCGCGAGACCUCUCGGUAGCAUCUGUGAUGAAACUGCAAGACAUCAUUUUGCGGAUUUCGCGCUUGGAGUUUCAACCGGACAACCCCCGCAGGGGGUACUUUGCUGAGGAAAACGCACCUUGCGCAGAGCCAGAUGCCAUUGAGUUGGUGAAGGUCGAAGAGGAUUCACCUGCCCAGGAGGGCGUUGAGAAUGAGAAAGAAAUGGACAAAGAGACCAUCUCUGACCACCAGAGUUCAAGUGGCUCUUCAUCUGAGGAGUCAUCAAGCUCAGAUGAGGAGGUAAGACCGCCUCCACCUAAGUGUUAUAGGCACACGGCCAAGGACCAUUUGGCGGGCCGCUUUGUGAGCCACAAAACAUCGAAGUUGGUCCACUAUAAGGACUCUGUGGUGGGUGAAUCGAAAGCUGUUGGCAAAGCCGUCUUGUCAUGCGGCCGGGUGCUGAACUCAAACUAUGACAUUGUCGUACAUUUCGACACAGAUUCUGUGAAUGCCCCUGACAGUUCAUCCAUCAAGAAGGUGCCCAAUGCUGAGCGUGAGACCAAAAUGAGGACACAUGAAGUGUUGACGCAGAAGAGCCCGUCAAAAAUGCUGGAUAUCUCAUCGGAGAGUUUGAUCAUUAAGGAAAAGACCGAAGUCCAGGACAUGGUUGUAUCUUCGGCGUUGCAAGUCCAAGAGUCUCUGCAGCGCAGAGGCUUGGCCCUGGUCUUCGCGGACCUGGUUCAACAUGCAAAUUAUACCAGGUACCUCACUACGUUGUUCUCGCAUUUGCACAGGGAGCCCCCUGCAGGGUAUAGCCGAUGCUCAGUGAGUCAGAUCGUGGCCGCCGACAAACUGGUGUGGCAGGCUUUGUUGGAGGAAGGGGUGCAACCAAAGAGAGAUGAUGCAGGUGUGUUGGCAUUGGACACCAAGUUGCUCAGCACUUUGGAGAGCUAUCGAGUUUCAUUCAGUCUGCUUCCUUUGAUUGCCAAAAAGGAAGGUCCAGGGAACAUCCAGAAGAAGAACAAACCGCAGCAGCCUUGGUCGAGCGGAAAGGGUGCAGUGGCCACCACACAGAAACCUUGGUUGAAACAGAAAGGAGGCAAGAAAGGUGGCAAAUCCAAACAGCGUGUGCCAUCUCACAUAUUCAAGCUGGGAGGAACUGCCUCCAACCCAGAGGGGGAGCCCAUUUGUUUUGGAUUCAAUUCGGAGGGUGGUUGCUCCGAAGCUGCUGACGGAGCCAAGGUGUCUCCUCGUCAGCCCAUAAUCCAUGCAGUGAGCGUGUUGGCAGAGAUGAACAAUUUUCCGCAGUUCUCCGAGACCCAGAGAAUUCUUGUGAGUCUGAAGGAGCUUGGUUUGGUUGAAUCCUUCGGCGUUGAUCACGAUGUUGACAAGGCGAUUGCAACUGUGAAGAGAUUGGAUUUGAAAAUCCCAGGACCAGUGCCGUUGAGAUCGCAUGAACUUCCAGAGGGUUUGACUGGUUUGAGAGGUAAGGAUCGUCGCAGAGAUCUGGGUCACUUGCCGAAGCUGAGGGCCGACUGGUUUAGCAAAUGGACAGCCAGGGCAAAGGAGCUUCAACCAGCAGAGAUGGAGAUGAAAGCGGGCAUGCCUGCACACAUAGCAACUAUUUUGAAGCCAAAGCGGCUGCUUCUCUGGAAAGAAAUUUUGCUGGAUUUGGGAUAUCCAGAUGCAGAUGUGGUGUCAGAAUUGGCAAACGGUACUGAGCUUGUAGGGGAAGUUCCCACCUAUGGCAUCUUUGAGAAAACUUUCAAGCCAGCAGAAACAACGGUGGACAGUUUGUGCAAGGAGGCGAAAUCGAUCAAGCAGAAGCACUAUCAUAGCUGCAGGUCGUCAGGGGACAAAGAGAUAGAUGAGCUUGUUUGGAAGAAGACCCAAGAGGAAGUCGAGCUUGGAUGGGCAUCCGGCCCCAUUGAUAUAGCAAACCUGCCAGCUGAUGCAAUUGUAAGCCGACGUUUUGGAUUCCGACAACCUGGGAAGAUACGCUUGAUAGAUGACUUGUCGGCUAGCAAUGUCAACCAGACGGUGCAAUGUGCAGAAUCACCCAAGCCGCAAUCAAUCGACUUCGUGGCUGCCCUGCUGUUGACGAUUCUGAAAAGUAGCGGAGCUCUGAAAAUCAUGUGGAGUGUGUUUUUCGACGACUAUGUGGUUUUCUCUCAGAAGCUCCAUGUCAAAAGUACGGAAGCCACUGUUGAACUCUUGUUCAGACUACUGGGGUGGAAAUUUGCAGAAGAGGGUGAGAAAGCGACAUGCUUUGGUGAUGAUUUUUCAGCGCUGGGUGUACGCCUCAACUUGGAGAAUGCGAACUUGGGAAAAGUCAGUUUCAUCAACACAGAGAAACGCAUUACAGAGCUGACCAGCGCCAUAGAGGAUAUCAUCAGGAAGGGUCGGAUGACUGUUUUGGAAUCGCAGAAGCUUAGAGGGAGAAUGCAGUUUGCAGAUGGACAAGUCUUUGGUCGUUUGGGAAAGUUGUGCAUGAAAGCCAUAACGCAACAUGCUUUUAAAGGUCGGGGUGAUAAACUUGAGAAACCGACGGUUGAUGCCUUGAGAAGAUUUGUGAUUUUUCUUAACCAUGCAGAGCCUCGAAGUUUGGAAUUGGCGUCCGACUCUGUUUGGACCAUUUACACCGAUGCAUGCUAUGAGCCUCAACGGACCGACUGGGUAUGUGGUCUGGGUGGGGUGCUUGUGAAUCCGCUUGGUGAAAAGGUGGCAUUCUUCUCAAUGGAGUUGUCAACAGAACAAAGGCGUGCGUUGGGUGCUGAGUUCAAAAAGACCAUCAUCUUUGAAGCGGAACUGCUGGCCAUGGUACUGGCUUUUUCUGUCUGGAGGAUGUGGCAGAAACUGCGUUGCAAGCAUUUUGGUAGAGUUCCUUCUGAAGCUCGAAAUGGCUACAAACGAACUCCUCAGAGUGCUCCAGCAGACGAUGACAUGCAGAGGUUCACAGACCGUUUGAUGGGCGGCCCAGCCACCUUGGCCGAUCUUGCUGUGGUCAAGCGCAUCCACUUUGAGGCAGUGACCUUGGUGAUGGUUGAUUUACAACAUCAUUCAUCAGCCCAGGAUCUCUCUGAACCUGGGCGCAGUUUGCCUUUUGUAGAGAAGCAAAGGCGCUUGGCAGUGCAACAGGCCAAGGUCACCGGGAUCAGCCAUCGCCAUGAACAACAGGCGUCGCAUGCGCUGAUCGAUGCAUGCUUCCAAAUGGUGGAAAGUGGCUCCCUGGUGUACCUUGCACCAUCGAAGUGUGGGACCAGAGAUCAAGAGAUACAACAAGAUACAAAAACAAAACAGAAGCAGUUGGUGACGAUCGAACAGGGGGCCUUGAAGGCCAUCGCCAAUCAGAGUUUGGCAACUAUAGACGUGGGCACCGAACUACGACUGUUAUACGCCCUGCAAAGGCGUGGGUUAGCAAUGGAUCUGGUGGGUCUCAUGUCUUGGGACACGCAUACCGAUUGGAGCAACAAACUCUUUCGGGCCCUCAUGGCAGACACAGUGCCAAGCUUCAAUCCCAUCACGAUUGACCAGUUGCUUCGAGCAGACCAAGAACUGUUCCUACUUCUUGCCGCAGAGCACACUGGAUCUUUGAAGGCGCCAUCAGUCGACCAAGAUCCUCCACUUGAUCAAGAAGUACGUCGCUUGAUGAAUGAUCCUAGGAUCAAUGUGCAUCUCACUCCAAUUCAGAGGAUUGAGAAAAGAGCUGCACCAGCUGGACCACCUGGACAAGGAUCUCCGAACAGGAACAACUUCAACAAGAAGCAAAAGACGGAUGCACCAAAAGCACCAAGCCAGGACACCAUGGUUCGAACACCAAUGCACGGUGAUGUGGACUCAAAGCCGAAACCUCACCUCGAAGAGUUUGCAGGGCACGUGAAAAAGCGCCUGGACCUCCACCCUUACGAUCAGACACGUUUCCAGACGGUCUGCCAGGACUGA